AUGGCCACCCCCACAAACGAACCCGCGUCCACAAUUGCUCCUCCCCCCGCCGCUCAAGACCCGACCAAGCUCAACUUUGACGAACUCGGCGAUGCGAACCGUCGCGCUCAGAUCGAUGUACGUCACCAAGUUCUGACCUCGGCCUCCGCAAGCCGCCUUAGGACCCGCUGACGAGUGCGUACUACUUGAACCGACCACAAGGGAAUCGCUUCCGGUGCAGCGGCCGCUUUCUUGGCGGGCCAAAUCUCGACCCGUUUGCUCAAGCAGGGAAGGAAUGCCGGUCUGUUGAGUGGACUGAUGUCAGUUCGAUCGGUCACCCCCACUUGAGCACAAAGUCGAAGCUUCGAUCGGCUACCGUCGCUCCGAACACUUUGUCUGACCAUGCUUUGAACUGUAAAAACAUUCUACCUAUAUAGUGCUGGAGUAGGCGUAGGGUAUGUCGACAUUUCCCCCGCCGCAUAGGCAAUGCAGUGGCAACUCAACCCUCCUCCUCGUCCCCUUCUCAUUCCAGCUACCUCAUGACCGGCCACUCCCUCUCCAUCUACCUCCACCAAGCCCAACAAUCCCGUCUCGCGCUCCGAGCCCGUCUAGCCGAAUCCUCCUCCUCAGGAUCCCCAGCCGACGGGACCUCGCCCGAACAAGCGUGGGAUUUGAAUCGUCACGAGGGAGGCGUCGGAGGAAUGGAGGUCAUGACGGACAAGUAUAGGUCCACGAGUGGGGACCACUAG